AUGACCGACCGCCCCCCAACCGAAGGCCAACUCUCCCCAGACCUCCCAGGUCCGACGACGUACCUCACAGGCCACGACCCCGCAACCGGCAAAGCAAUCGUGCAUUCCAAACGCAGCGUCAAGUGGGCCCCGCACGACGACGGCAAGAUCGCCAUGUCGGUGGCGUACUCGACGUCUCGGUUCCCGGUGGACCUCAACGACGACGCCGACGUGGCGGCGCACGAGUCGACCCUCGACGCCGACGGGCACUCCAAGCACGGCCUGGUGCGCGCCAACGGCACCGUGCUGCGGUACGUCGACUUUGGUCCCGGGCACGAGUGCAUGAUGCACCGGACCCAGAGCCUCGACUACGGCAUCGUGCUCGAGGGGACCGUCGAGAGCGUCCUCGACUCGGGAGAGGUCACCGUCAUGAAGAGGGGGGACGUCAUGGUCCAGCGAGCUACCAUGCACGCCUGGAGGAACCCGAGCCAGACCGAGUGGGCGAGGAUGAUUUUCUGUCUGCAGGACUGCAAGCCGUUGGUCGUUGGUGGGGAGAGGUUGAAGGAGGAUCUGGGGAGGGGGAUGACCGGUGGACUUCCGGCUAGUGGGAACGAUGCGGACUAG